AUGACCAGCCGACAACCCACGACCUCUUCCGCUUCCGCCGGUCCAUCUCGAACGCUCACCCUCACCUCUCCACCCGCUCCGCCCGCGGAAACCGAUGGACUCCUUCGUCUUCGACCCGAACCCUCCUCCUCGCGCCCAGCACCCUCGCGUAGGGUGGUCUGGACAGACGAGACGGUCGACAACGAAGGCAUGGGUCGCAAGAAAUCCAAGAUCUGCUGCAUUUACCACAAACCCAAAGCGUUCGACGAGAGUUCCGACGAGUCUUCGAGCGAUGGAGGUGAUAAUUCGGAUAGUGGAACGAGCGACAGUGGGUCAGAUAGCAGCGAUGAUGGUCCGAGCGUGUCCAAGGCGUUGAAGGAGAAGCUGAAGCAGAGGGAGGGACAUGGUCAUGCAGAGCAUGAGGGGCACGAAGGUUGCAUUGGUAGAAAGUCGAGGCAUAAAGCCACGGCGAGAGUCAGGUCUUCGGCGGGCACACAGACGAUCACCGAGGAGGCAGAGAGUGGAGGAAGAGAUGGGAAGGAGGAAAGCGAUGCGGAGGACGAGGGAAGGGAGUUCAGGCCGAACGCUUACGAGCGCGGGACGCGAUAG